AUGGAUUUCCAGUCGAUGCUUCGUCGCGCCAAGGAGGAGGCGCGGCAGGCAAGGGAUGGCAAACAUGACGGCCUGCCCCUCACGGCAGUGAAGCCGGGCAAGCUCUUCAAUCUUUUGCAGACCAUGAAGGACCAGGUGAGCGCGUCGGCGAGGACCACGCCUUGGCUGAUGUAUUGCCAUGUUCUGUGAUUGUGUCUGUCUGUCUGUCUGUGUGUUGCAGGGCAGCCGGAAGUCGCUGCUGCUCGUGGAUGUGAGGCCGCCGCAGCAGUACAAACAGGGCCACAUCAGAGGGGCCAGCAACAUGACGAGUAAGUGAGCGGAUUCAUUCGUGAAUCCAAUCCAUUCUGCACAACACACACAUGCACAUCACACAUCUGUCUGUCCACCUGAUCCCCCGGCCUGCAGGUGUGAGUGUGGCCUCUGGCACCUUCCACCCACCGCGUGGGAGCGACAGCAGCAUGCUUAAUGACAAAAUGACAGUCAUCUGCUACAAUGAGGACCACACCAAGGCGCACACACCCAUGACGUGAGCACAGCACACAUUAGAGAACGAGCAUGCACGCGAGAGGCCCGGCCCCUUGACAUGACAUGGGUCUGCGUGUGUCUGUCUGUCUGCAGGGAUGAGGGGCAGGCGCAAGUGCUGCAGCUCAUCCGGGUGGGUGAGGACGGAAAACACUCAUGUGAGUGAAACCCCUGGUGUGUUGUGUGGUUGGUUGAUGCAGCGAUCGGGUCACCUUGUGAAGGAGGUUGGUCUGCUGGAGGGCGGAGUGUGUGCCUUCCGUGAGCUAUACCCCUUCCUGUGUCUGUCGUCGGAUGAAGAGAAAGACCCACACCUCAGGUAGGUGCGUCAGUCAGGGCCCUGACUGACGCAAAUGAAUGGGCAGAUGGGCGAGGCGGGUGGUGUGUUUCGUUUGCAUUGCAGUGCCAAGGCCUACAUGCGCUAUCCUGUGGAGAUCACGCCGCAGCAAAUCUAUGUGGUCGGUGCAAACACAACACGACACAUACGAUAAGAUAGAUACGCACGACGGCAUUCAUGGUACCAUGCAUCCCUCCCCUCCCUCUUGUCUGUGUUGGUUGGUCUUUCUCACUCAGGGCCAUCUCUUCCACGGCUGCAACGCCCGCAUAUUCGAGCGGCUCCAAAUCAAGUGAGUGACGAUGGAUGGAUGGAUCCACACAGAUACAGCUCUUGUGUCCUGUCUUGGUCUCAGGUCCCUCAUCGAUUUGACCCCGAACGGCAUCAUGUCGGCGGCCAACGACGGCCAGACGUCCCCCACCACAGCAGCGCCGUCAACAGCAGCCUCAUCCCACGCUGCAUCCCCCACCUCACCACACACACCAGUACCACCGGCACUCGAGGCACCACCCAACGCACCCCCACUCGCCCUGCCCGAAGCGAGCAACGAGCAACAGGACCCGCAGCAGCAGCAGCAGCAGCAGGGGGGCGAUGGGUCUUCGCUGGACGACAUCGACGAUGACGUGCAAGUCCAGGGAGGCGAGGGCAAUGGCAACGGGGACGGCAAUGGGGGCGACGGCGGGCGGCGGCGGACGUACAACCGGGCUGAUGUGCUGGGGCCCGUCGACCUGGACGACUAUCACCACAUACGUCAGUGAGACAUAUAGAUAGUAAACAGACAGACAGACAGACAACUCUUUUCCCCCCUCCCCCCCUUCUAUCUCUGUCUCUGUGUGUGUGUAUGUGUAUGUGUGUCAGCUGUGCACGCCAGCGGGUGGACGGGUGGGGGUCUGCAGCAGUGCGUCAGGGUGCUCCAGAAGCUCCUCAAAUCCAACAACAACAACAACAACAGUAGUGCAUCGGCGGCAGCUGCUGCUGCAAGCGCGCAAGAGCCAAACAAACUGCCUCUCCUGGUGAGACGGGCCGGAUGGGCCGGAUAGAAGAGACUGAUCUCUUCUGCUGCACCCAUCCCAUCUUCCUUUCUGUCUGUCUGUCUGUCUGUCUGUGUGGGUGACUGUUUCGCAGAUCUUCGAUGUGAGUGGGCAGGACGCUUGUGUGGUGGCCCUGGCAGCGUACUACAUCGCGGCGAAGGGAUGGCCCGUCACCACCGCACGUGAGGGAGGCGGGCGGGCGGGGGCUCACCUCACCUUUACACCACACACACAUUGCCCCUGCUUCGGCUAUUGGAAUGGCUGGAUGAUGCAGUGACGUUUCUGGCCAACAAGCACGGCGACAUCGCCCCCUCGCCCGCCAACUGGCAGCAGCUCAACAUCUUCACCGAAUACCUCAAACAGGCCCAGGAAAGGCGCAGCGGCAGCACUAGCAGCGACAUGGCCGGAGGUGCUGACGAUGAAGACCGGAUGGACGAGGGGCCAGCCGAGAGGGGCGAGUCUUCGGCAUCUGCAGAGGCGAGAGAUGAACAUGAGGAUGAGGAUGAGCAAGAUCAUGGUGCCGUCGAUGGCGGCUUCCUGAGGGCGUUUUUCGAGAAGUCAUGCUCCUCGUUCGGACUUCCAGACAAAGUGAGCGAUGGGUGGAUGCGCGUAAACAAAUACCCUUAACCACCUCCACCACCGCCCAAUACCCUGAUGUGUUUGUCGGUGUGUUGCAGGGUCUGACACUGAGCCCCCUGAGCAAUCCGGUGCGGCUGAUCGGCUUGCGUCAGCGAGUUUCGUAUCUGUUCAGUGCGCCCCCAGCAGCAGAAGCGGAUGCUGCUGGUGAUGACGCUGCUGCUGCAGCCCUGCAGGAGUGCCGACAAGGGUACGACGGCAUCUUCGACGCCAUCCGCAUGGUCAGCCGCCACACACACGCGUCACACCUCACCCACCAUCCUUGAAUGUGUCAUGUGUGCAGGGCGGCAGCCUCUCCGCGGCCCAGUGGAGGUUCCUCUCGUCAGAGUACCACCGAUGCAUCACGCCCUCCCCUCCUCCCUCCCUCCCCUCUCCCCCACUGCCGGUGCUGGUGGAGGUCCUCUUAUCCGCUCUAGACACGUGGCAGCCCAUCUCGCUGCAGCAGGCACUGGAGAACCCCUUCAUCGGCCAGCCAGACGCCCUGCUCAUGCACACCAUCAGCGAGACCGACGCCGGCCGGUGGGUCGCCGCCAACGCCCUCAAUGCGCUGCGGCACGUGUCUGCGGUGGAUGAGACAUCGGCCAAUCGCCGCCAGUGGACGGUCAACAUCAGCGACGGAGACGGAGAUGAGAGUGCGGCCAAGCUGAGGUCAUUCCGCAUCGACAUGUGCGAUAAGGCGGUAGGCAGUGUGGUGUCGAGAGGGAUGCGGGAGGGUCGGGAGGGCGAGAAGGCGGCUGUCCUUCUCAAUGCGGUGCUGCUCACGAGCGACGCCAGCCCCGGCAAGGCCACGAAUGGGCGGCUGAGCGAGCAGGAGACCCAGCUGGCGUGGGGGGUGUUCAGGGCCCUUGUCGAUCUGGUCAUGACCAUAUACCAGGUACGCUACGCCGAACAGACAGGGCAAGGCAAGAGAACCAGAGCAGUUAGUUAAAGUGCAUACAUACCAUACCCUUGUGUGUGGAUGUGUGUGCACAGAGUCACGACCCCACAGUGCGUGACGAUCGCUGUGUGUCGUUAUACCGCCCUGCCCUGGCCGCCCUCUACUGCGGGUUCAUCCAGCCCUCCGCACCCCAGCAAAGGAGGCAGUGCAUCUUCGCCGCCAAUCGGACCGAGUUCAUCGAAGCGGCCAAGCAGAACGGACACCUGCGAGACGUGAGCAGGCCAAGGGCCGCAUCCAUGAUGGAUGCACACACAUGGUCAUGCCGUGUGUGUGUAUGUGUGUUCGGAUGCGUGUGUUGUGUUCAGGCGAUAUCGAUGUUGUGUGAGGUGUGGUUCGAGCGCUACCCCUCUGACCUCAAUGACCUGGCCAGAGGUGGGUCAGAUACACACAAGCAUCCAGACAGACAGACGAGACAGCCAUGGGAGCGCACAGUUAUCUGCCUGUGUGUGUGUGCCCAGGUAUUGUGUCGGUGAGUGAAGAUGAUGGGCUGCCCGUGCUGGUCACAGACAUUGUGCGGCCUUUGGCCUUCCUCAUUGGGGCCAUCAAUCAGCCCUCAUAG